UCCAGGGUCAAGAAGCAUCCUCCACCGCCUCCUCCGCUGCCUCCGCCGCCUCUCUUCUCUUCCGUACCCCAACAACCGGAAAAACAUGGUCGGAGGACCGAAUCCCACCAUCAAAUUCUUCUGUAGUUACGGCGGAAAAAUCCUCCCUCGUUACCCCGAAGGCAAACUCCGUUAUCACGGCGGCGAAAUCCGUGUCCUCGCCGUUGAUCGCUCCAUUCUCUUUAAUGAGUUGUUGUUGAAGAUGGGAGAGAUGUGUGGUGGGAAAUCGGUGAGUCUACGUUGCCAGCUGCCCACGGAAGAUCUAGACGCGCUGGUUUCGAUCACUUCCGAUGAGGAUCUCGCGAACCUCGUCGAGGAAUACGAUAGGUUUGAGUCCCCGUUGCUUUCUUUAAAGAUCAGAGCGUUCCUUUUGUUGCCCAAAUCCGCCAAAACGCCGAUUUCUCCUCUUCCAUCGUCGGCUUCGUCUUCAAAGUCAUCGUCAUCUUCUUCAUCGAGUACUCCCAGUCCCAGGUUCCCCUGCAUACGUCAGAUUUCCGGGACUCCCGUCGCUUUCCCUCUUUGCUCAACGGCGGGGAAGAAUGUUUCUUACUGCGGCUGCCAUGUUUACCUUGUUCAUACCAGGAAUCACUGGCAAUGAAGAACAAGUAAAACAAUAUAUACUAUCCAUAGAAGCAAAACUAAAAUGAAAAGAAAAUUUUAAUCAAUAUGAUGUAUUUGGAACUG